AUGGAUAAACCAUCAUUAUUCUCAGAAUAUAUGUCCAUUCUCUAAAAAACCCCAUUAUGUAGAAGUUCUGAAUAAUAAAUAAACAUUUAAGUUUCGCAAAGACUAUUACAUUCUUCAGAUAAUUAAAACAACACUCUAUAGCAAUCCUAUAAAGAUGUCUUUUAAUACUCUAUUUCUGAACAAUAAAAGCAAGAAAAGUAUAAUUGUGUGUUCUCCACUGCCUCUAUAUUCUUAGUGGAUCUGUAGGUAUUAAUAUUAGUUUGAAAAAUGUGAAGAUCCUUAAUUAUUUCAAUAAAAAGAAGUUAAUAUUUUAAGUACAGGAAUAGGAUUUGGAGUAUUGACUUUAAUAAAUUAUUAUAAAAGAAAAGCUACCGUUAUAGCUAAAGAUAAUUUUAUAUUUGCAUUCAUCAAGAAACACCAUAACAAAUCUAUUUCAUAUAAUUAAGAUAUGGCCCAAAUAUAAAAUUAGAUUUCAUUUUUUUUUUCAUUUCUAUUCUUCAAUUCUUUGUCUAUUAUUUUGAAUCUAUAUCUGUUAAUCUUUCAAUCAACCAAUAUUUAGACAAAAUAUGAAUUUUAUAUUCAAUUCUAUGUUUUUAAAAAAGGAGAUUUUUAAGUGUUGUCAAUAUAUAUAGAAUAUCAAGAUGAUUUUUAACUCCACAAUUUUGCUUUAUUUAUUGCCUUUAAAUUUCUUAUUAAAUUUUUUUAGUGA